AUGCCAGAUGGUUUCGGUAGCCUAAAUUCUCUUCGAACACUAAAUCUUGAUGGAAAUCAACUUGUUGGUGGCAUUCCAAAAUAUUUUGGGAAUUUAUGCGCCUUAGAGUCAUUGACUCUUUCGAAUAACAAUCUCAAUGGAAGUCUUUACGAAUUUAUGAGUAAUGAGUCAAGUUGCUUGGUGGACUCCUUGCAAGAUUUUCAAAUAAGCAACAAUAGAUUCAUAGGUUCAUUGCCCGAGAGUAUUGGAAACCUUUCCAAUCUUCAGACGUUGAAUGUUGCUCAGAAUUCUCUCACUGGGGUCAUCACAGAAGCCCAUUUUUCAAAUCUCACCAAACUGAAAGAGUUAAAGUUAGAUUCCAACUUCUUGAUUUUGAGCUUCAGCUACGAUUGGGUUCCACCAUUCCAACUGGAUUAUAUUUAUUUGAGCUCUUGCAAAUUGGGAUCAACUUUCCCAAAGUGGCUUCAAAGUCAAAAGAAUUAUAAUGAGCUUGAGAUUUCUGAUGCUGGGAUUUCUGACAUUAUCCCUACUUGGUUUUGGAACAUCCCUCCCAUGUUAUCCCAUAUAGAUAUGUCCAAUAAUCAGUUGCAUGGGAACUUGCCAGACUUGUCAUCAUCCAGACUUGGUUUGUUCAUUUUUAUAGAUUUAAGCACCAACCAUUUUUACGGUUCAAUACCACCUUUUCCAUCGAAUGUGUCAUCACUAGACCUAUCGAAUAAUAGGUUUUCUGGGCCAGUUUCCUUCCUAUAUAAACCCAAUACUCCAAUGUUAUUGGAGUGUUUAAACCUCUCAAACAAUACACUGUCUAGAGUGCUUCCAGAUUGCUGGACCUAUAUUCAUGGCUUGGUUAUUCUUAAUUUGGCCCACAACAAUUUCUAUGGGAAAAUACCAGACUCAAUCGGCUCCCUAGUCUCUAUUCAAAUUUUGCAUUUAAGCAACAAUGGAUUUGUCAGAAAGAUGCCGAUGUCCCUUCAGAAUUGUAGUGAUUUGAUAACCAUUGACUUGGGAGCAAAUAACUUGUUCGGAAUGGUACCUCCAUGGAUUGGUGAUAGUCUACCAAAUUUGGUUAUUCUUAACCUACGAUCUAAUCAACUUUAUGGAAGGUUGCCUUUAAGCCUAUGUCGUCUAUCACAAAUUCAAAUCUUGGACCUAUCUUUGAACAAGAUCGAGGGAACUAUUCCAGAAUGUAUCUACAAUUUGACUGCAAUGUCACAUACAAUGGAUACAAUUUCAAGUGGCAUAGACGUGUAUAAUGGAAGCAUAUCUUAUUCAGACUCUGCAUCCUUGGUAUGGAGAGGAAGAGAGUCUGUGUUAAAAAGUUUCUUGGGACUUGUGAAGAUGAUUGAUCUUUCAAAUAACAAAUUACAUGGAGAGAUUCCAGAAGGAAUUACUAAUCUUACAGAACUAGUUGCCUUGAAUUUAUCGAGAAACAACUUAUCUGGAUUAAUCACUCCGAAGAUCGGUUUGUUGAGAAAUUUGCAAUCUCUUGAUUUAUCUAGAAACCAACUUUAUGGUGAAAUCCCAAUGAGCAUUUCCAACAUAAGUUUUCUUAGUCAAUUGAACUUGUUCGCCAACAACUUAUCAGGCAAAAUCCCAACAGGAACUCAAAUACAAAGCUUCGAUGCUUCUGCAUUUUUAAAAUCCUAA